UUUUUGUUGUUGUUGUUGUUGUUUGUGUUGUGUCAAAUUUGUAAACAAUAAAUGAAAAUGAUGAAAAAUAAUAGAGAUCCCAGCAACAAAAGAGAUUGAACUAGAUCAAAUCAAGUUGAAUACUUUGGAUUAAUAUCAAUAAUAAAUAUCAUGAAAGAAUUAAAUUAUGCUAAAACUACAAAAACCUCUGGAAGAAUAAAAAAACUUGUAGCUAUGAAUUUUGUUUGGUGGAUCAUUUAAAUAUGUCAUCUAGAUGCUAAAUGAUUAUAAAAAAAUAGAAAAAUAUUAAAUAAUAAUCCAGGUUGCAUAUUUUAUUGACAUAAAUUAUGAUGAUGAUAAUCUUGAUUAAAAGAUACAGUAAGCUAGUACAGAUAUAAUGAAAAUAUCAACAAAUGACCAAACAAGAUUAAAUCAUGAACAAAGAGAAAAAAAAAAAAUGAUUGGUCCAUUUUUUGAAUAAAAAAUAAUAUUGUUAUUACUAUCGGCUGACAAUAUAUUGUUUGCAUAUAUAAUCUUGAUGAAAAAUAAUGAUAAGUAAUAAACAGAAGAUUCUAGAAAGUUAUAUAAAUAUGAUAAAUGAAUUUUCAACUAUCUUCCACUCAUUGUUUAUAAUAAAAAUUUAUUAAUACAAAUUUUUAGAAAAUAAAACUGGUUCAUUUCGAUUGAUCAAUAUGAGUCGUUUCGAUACUGUUUACAUUUCGAUGACAGUAAUACAACAAUCUGAUAAGAAAUUUUUUAAAAAACAAAUAAAAAGUAGGUGAAAGAACUCACGUUCUUUGAUGUGUGUUAUUAAACUACGCAAUCGCAAUAAAUAAAUAAUUUAAAAAAAAAAAGAAAAGAAGAUACAGGUGCAUUCUUGGCACGAGUAUUUAGUCUCGUGCUCAUGAUUAUGAAAUGUCAGUUUAAAAUCAUCAUCCAACAGAAGAUGGCUGCUAAAGAAUUUAACAAUUAAUUAAUUAAUUAAUAUAUUUAUUGAAAAUUCAACCAGUUUUUAAAUAAACUUUUGGUUUUAUUUUUAUAUAUAUCAAGACAUUUGGAGGUCGUGGAAAGUUAUGCCACGUCGCCAACAAAGCAAACCAACAUUUCGUCUAUACAAACAUCAAAGAAUCAAGAUUUUUACAUAUUUAAAUAUAAUUAAAUAAUCAAUUAACAAUAUAAUUAAAUUUAAAUCUUUAUAUUUCUUUUUUUUUUUCUUGUAAAUUAAAAAAGAAAAAAAACAACAAGAACAACAGCAACGUUUUCGUUAAACUUUUAUUUUUAUACAAUUUUUUGUUUUUUUUUUUUAUAACGACAGAAUGAACCUGCCGUAGUUUAAUUGUCAAUUAAACAAUUAAAUAUUUAACAUCAAAAUUUAUAUAAAAAAAAAACGAAAAAUAAAAGUAAAAAUAAUUAAAAAAUCAUAUAUAAAUGGGCAUUUUUAGAUCACUAUUGUUUGGUAAAUACCUGAUGAUUACAAACACAGUUAGCUGUGGAAUGAUGAUGGGUUUUGGUGAUUUAAUACAACAACGUGGAACUCAAUGGAAACGUGAUUAUUUUGAUAAAUCAUCAAAAAAUUUAAUAAAUGAUAAUUCAUCAAGUAAAUUGCUACAGCAAUGUAUAAAUAAUAAUAAUGAUUUACAAAGAGGAUUAAUACUUGCAAAUACAAUUGAACAUCAUGAAAUAAUUGAUAAUCAUGAUUUUGAAAGAACUAAAAAUAUGAUUACUGUUGGACUUUUACAAGGUCCAUUUAAUCAUUAUUUUUAUAUUUUUUUAGAUCGUUUAUUACCAGGUAAAAAUGUUAAAACAGUUGUUAAAAAAACAUUUAUUGAUCAAAUUAUUGCUAGUCCAUUAUCCCUGGGUAUAUUUUUUAUUGGUCUUGGUAAAUUGGAAAAUCGUAAUUCACAUGAAUUAUUAUGUGAAAUAAAAGAAAAGUUUUUUGAUACAUAUAAAAUUGAUUGUUGUUUUUGGCCACCUUCACAAUUGAUUAAUUUUUUAUUUGUUCCAAUGAGAUAUCGUGUUAUUUACAUUAAUUUAAUGACAAUGUUUUAUGAUAUAUUUUUAUCACAUACAAAAUACGUUAAUUAAAUAUUAAUCAACAAUAUUAAUUAUAAUUAUAAUGAAAUAAUAAAAAAAUAUUUAAUCAAGCAUCAAAAAAUAAUAAAAAAUGAAUUUGUUUUUUUUUCUUAUUUUUAAAUUAAUUCCUUAAUAAGUGUACACACAUGAUUUAAAUAAAGAAAAAUUAUUAAAUUUUUUUCUUUAUAAUAAAUGUUUACUUGAUUGUUGAAAAAAUGUAUUUAAUAAUUUUUUCAAGACAAUGAAAUAAGUCAUAAAAGAUAAACAAGAUUGUCUAAAAAAAUUACAAAAUAAAUAAUUUUUUAUUCAACAGACAAGACGCCAAUUUGUAAAUAAUUAAUAUUCUACUAAUAUCAUAAAUACCAAUAAUUUAAUGAUAAAUAUUGAUGCAAUUAUUUAGAUUAUUUUUUUAUAUAAAAAAACAAUGAUAUUAAAACGUGAUAUUGUUUUAUUUGUGUUAUCGUUUGACAACCUGUCAGAAUGGCGCCAAUAAACUUGAAGUUUAUUUAUUUUUUUUUAUUAUCAGUAGCAUUUAUUAUCAGUAGCAUGGAUCAUCAUUAAUUAAUCUAUUUUUUACGAGAGUGGGGAGAAUAUUGAAUUUGGAAUCACCUUAGGAGCAAGAUGAAGGUCAUAACUCACAAGGCCAGUUAAUUCUAAAUUUCGUUCAGUUGAAUUCAGUUGUUC